AGUCGAAACGACCCCUUCUCUGGAGCAACGAAGUCUCAACACUCAUCAUGAAGUUGCUUAGUCUCGCACUGGCUCUCCUGCUGGUGUUGUCUGGCGUCCUGUCGCCCAGCCAAGCCAUGCCGGGCGCCCUGGCUGACCCGAAUCCCGAAGCAGAAGCAGCAGCCGACCCUGAUCCGUUCUUCUUCAAAAAGAAGAAGUAUGGCUACGGCGGCUAUGGUUAUGGCGGAUAUGGCUAUGGCGGUUAUGGCGGUUAUGGCGGUUAUGGCGGUUAUGGCAAUGGCGGUUACGGCGGUUAUGGCGGAUAUGGCGGUUACGGUGAUUACAGCGGUUAUGACGAUUACGGAUACUGGUGAAGGAAGAGACAGGCGGACUCCUCAAGCACCAUGUUGAAGAGCUAAAUUUUAUCACUCACUUUACAUAAUACAUUAAUCUCGUUGAAAAACAUGAAAUACAUUUAACAUAAAAUACUUACCCAAUAGAAUUGUUCACUUUCACCUACGUUAAAGGUACUAUACUAUAUAUUUCACAUUCACUCUUUCUAUGCGGCGAAAAAA